GCGCCACUCGGGAACCCCCUCUUAGGUUGGGGACGUCCCAAGGAUACCGGGUAGCAGUAACUAGAAUUACGUCAAAAGACGUACUUAUUUUUUCUGAAGAAAUGGCUCCGAUGGGCGUUUGAUCCUUUUGCUAAUGUAAAGCACAUGAGGUGAAAGAGAGAACCGAUUUGUAAAUACAGUUGCCACACCCUGUAAGCACACCCUCCCGAGUUCUUCGAAUGGCUAGCAUGGAAGUUACCUCUCCCGCGCUUAACAUAAAGUUGCCUCAAUUUGCCUAUUUGUUCAUUUCUUACCAGGAAUAGUAUAGCGUAACUAUUUUCGUAUCGGGGUUCAUUCGGCAACAUAGACACAGUAGCAACAAGUACAAAAAGUCACUGCAUCGAACAGCUGAAAAUUCAAUCCCACCUUGGUGGGUUAACCUCUAGAUAGACCUGACUGGAUACUCCAUUUGUCAGCAGCACCCAAUGUGCUUGCCACAUGAUAUGUGACUUCAGGAGGGCUCAGGAUUUGUUAGUCGUGAACACCUCUGGACUCCCCCUCCAUUGUUUCUCCCUCUGUUUGCAACGCGUACGGCACAGGGUCUGACAUGAAGAAAGUGGUCCAUUGGUCAACGAAGGACGUGCUCCUGUGGCUGACUGAUGUGGGAAUGCAGGAAUACUCAGAGGCCUUACGCCACCUGAACGGCAAGGGCCUCCUGCAGCUCUCUAAAGCGGACUUCCAGAUGGCUCCUCUGGCCCUUGUCACCUUGGAUGGAGGCAGAAAGCUCCUGGACAAGAUGGAGACUCUCAGGAUAGAGCACCACAUUGAAACCUAUAAAAACGGGCAUGCCAACGGACACGCCAUCUUGGCCGUCAACAGUGAGGUUAAUGGGAACAAGCCCAAGAGGAACGGUGUGGUCAACGAGUUCCACAAGGAGCGGAUCCAGAUCCCCAUGCCUGAGAUCACCCGCUCUCCGUUUCCUGAGGAGUGGGGGAAGACGGGCGUGGCUUUUGUUUAUGCCAUGAUCUGCUUCAUCUUCACCACCAUUAUGAUCUCCGUGGUCCACGAACGUGUGCCUGCCAAGGAGGCCACUCCACCCCUGCCAGACAAGUUCUUUGACUUUUUCGGGCGAGUAGACUGGGCUUUUUCUAUAUGCGAAAUCAACGGCAUGCUACUGGUCGUCCUGUGGCUUCUACAGUGGGCACUGUUAAAAUAUAGGUCCAUCGUUGGUCGGCGGUUCUUCUUCAUCGUUGGCACACUCUACCUCUACAGGUGUAUCACCAUGUACAUCACCACACUCCCCGUGCCAGGGAUGCAUUUCAAGUGUUCUCCUAAGCUGUUUGGUGACUGGGCGUCCCAAAUGAGCCGAGUGAUGAAGAUGAUUGCAGGAGGAGGCAUGACCAUCACUGGCUCCCACCACAUGUGUGGGGACUACCUUUACAGUGGCCACACAGUCAUGCUGACACUCACCUAUCUCUUCAUUAAAGAGUAUUCCCCCAAAAAAUUAUGGUGGUACCACUGGAUCUGCUGGCUGCUCUGUGCUGUGGGACUCUUCUGCAUUCUCCUGGCUCAUGACCACUACUCUAUAGACGUGGCGGUGGCUUACUUCAUCACCACACGCCUAUUCUGGUGGUACCACACCAUGGCCAACCAGCAAGCGCUAAAGGAAUCAUCGCAGAGCAACUUUUUCUCAAGGGUGUGGUGGUACCGAUUUUUCCAGUACCUGGAACAGAAUGUCACCGGCAUCGUCCCUCGGAACUACCAGAUGCCGCUGUCAUGGCGAUCGGCCCAGUGGAGUCAAGUGAAGUACAGCCGGAUCGACACUGUGUGCCCGUGAGAGGAGGAAUUGACACCCCCCUCCCCCCCCCUAGAAGGACAUGGUGUAGGACUCUUAACUACACUCCUAAAAGUGCCAUAUCUAAUCACAAGAAGAUGCCCUAUCAGUCAAGCUCUGUAGCUGUUCCAUUUCCCUUUUGUGUUCUCCUGUAACACACUCUCCAGUCCAACUGGCUAGCACUGUGACCAACCAUCGCUUCAGCCAAAACAUUUCACAUUGGAAAACAGUCUAUCAUCUAAUCUGAAAGCUAUAAGGGUUUCCAGUGAGUGGAUCACAAGCAUUUUCUUUGUCAGGUCCAGAUCUAGUUCAGUUAACAAUAGGACAUGUAACUAUAUAUGUCAACACCAAUAUCUCUCUCUGUAAUUGUUACAGAUACUCUGUUGCUGAAAUUGAACGAAACAAUCAUGUUUGUCACGGCAAUUGGGCUGUUCCAAAUGUUUAGUCUUUCAUGCUCAACUGUUUUACCAAGUUUUGGUUCAAAAGACGUGCUGUAGCAUUGAGAACUGACCUGUCAUGAAGCAGGAGGCGCUUUUUGUAGUGCAAACCAUUUCCCAAGUAUAUAAACAACGUGGUCUCAGAGCAUUUCGUAUUAUUCUGUAUGUAAAUCCAAGACACUCCAUUUAGUAUGCUAUUUUACGUUUCAUAUGGUGCGCAUUUUUUUGUGGAUGUUCGUUAUCCAUUUCGUAUUAUGUUACGAAUUACAAUUCGUAUGAUAUGAUACAAAUUACAUUUCGUAUGAUAUGUUACAAAUUGCAAUUCGUACAAUAUGUUACGAAUUUCAAUUCGUAUAAUAUGUUACGAAUUCCAAUUAGUUGUGGAUAACGUUAGCCAAGUGGCAAGGUUGCUAACGCUACAGUUAGCUAGCUGGCUAACCUUAACUAGGCUAGGGGUUAAGAUUUGGGGUAGGGUUAGGAGUUAGGUUAACGUGUUAGGGGAAAGGUUAGCUAACAUGCUAAGUAAUUGCAAAGUAGCUAAAAGUAGUAAGUACUUGCAAAGUUGCUAAUUAGCUAGAAUGCUAAAGUUGUCCGUGAUGAGACUAAAACACGCAAUGCUAGAUGUUCACGUUAAAAGCCCAUCCAUCCACCCCGACCAAGCACCCUCCUUUCAUUUUUCCUUAACUAACCACUAAUUUCCGUGUCCCAGAUUUACAUUUACUAUGUUACGUCUAGUCUAUGAGACUAGUCUGAUAUAACAGAUUUAUUUUUCAAAUUAAUGCUUUAGAUUUCUACAGUUGGGAGACAAAAAAGAGUGAAAAGGAGAUAAGAAUUAGUAACAAUGUUCCUCAGUGCCUUUCUUGUUAUGAUUGUAUAGUAAGUGUAGCAGUGUCCUCACUAAUGUAUUCAUGUUGAAUUGAAUGACCGUUUUAAAGUUAUACAUCAGUGUUUAGACUGGAACAGAUAGGACGAUACUUGAAUUAUCCUGAUGCUGAUCACCGAUAUAGCACGCACACACUUGAACAAUUAUGACUCCAUUACAUUUUCUCCUUGUUUCUGAAUGUAAAGAAUCCUGUAAUUCUUUGAAUCCAUUCAGUGUCUUUCCAAGGCAAUCAUGUUUGAAAAAAAAAAUUCGGACUCUUAUUUUCUAUUGAUUUAUUUAUUACAUUGAUUAUUGCUUGUGUUUUUCUCUGUUAGGGGAAUAUUAGACUAUGUCAUGUAAUUUCUUGCCUAUUAUGCCAAAUAGCUGCAUUGUGUGGGCUGUCCUUUGACCAAAUUGUAGGUCAGUGUGAUGGAGAGAGAGGUUAACACAGUGAGGUUUUAUUGAGGGGUCAUGACAAUGUCUCUGCUUACUGAUGAAGACUGACCCAAAUGCCCCUCUCCUCAAAUGAAAUGUAUACCUCAGAACUGUCCUGUUAACCACCCAAUGAGAAGAGC